CACACAUUGAAUUGCUGAUCAUCACACAUUGUACAGGGCACAGUCAGAGAAAAUCAGCCUGUGAAUUGUGUGCUGGUCUCCCAUCCAUUGCACUCAUUACGUGAUCAAAAAUGAACAGAAGGUUCUGUGAAGGUGUAUUCUGGAACAGCAGCUUUUGAUUGAGCAUCCGACUGCAAGUUGAGUACCUUCUGGCUUUUAUCUUAUCACACAAUCUUUAAGAACAUCUCUAAACUCAAUGUUUCAUUCCAAAAAGAAGGUGCUCUCCACUUGCCCAAAUAUUCUCACCCCAGAUCAAAUCCCAAAGUUUUUUAUACCACCUAAAUUAUCAACUGUCAAACAACAACAUGCAAAAUCCAUUUCUGACACAGGAUCCAAUCAAACCCCAAAGACACUUUUAAGAUCAGCCAAUCGUCACAUAAUUCAGGUGGAAUAUAUGGAACCAGAGAUGGGGGUAUCAGAGCAGACUCACAAUAUAAACUUUACAGUCCCAAUAACGGGCAGCCAAUAUCUGUCAGAGAGCCCCCAUACUCGCAGGAGAGAGUCACUUUUCCAUGGAAACUUUGGUUUGAAGACCUUGUCGCCUUCAGACCCUGAUUGUACUUUAAGAUGGCGAUCAUCAUCCUCUGAAAUGGACUUUGGUGGCAUUUCUGAUGGUCGCCUUGAAAGUGACACUACAUCAUCUGCCGAAUCCUCUCCUUUUAGCUCUCCGCUGUUGACCCAUACAAUAGCUGGGAAUCUGAUUAGACAGGUCUACAGGAAUCAGCAAUUGUUUUGUCGCUCUGAGAGCAUAAAAACAUUGGCCCGGGCUAGCUCUCUAUCCAAUGAAGAGACUAGUUCAACAGACACCAGUCCCAAUGUCUCUCGAAAAAAGACCCAACAAAAUCAGGGGACGACCAUGAUGCAUUUAGUUCCACCACCUGUAUUUCACCUGGAUUUUAUCUGCUGCCAGGAGAGGUUGACUAAGGAAACAGAGGUCAUGCUAAGUAAAGGGGGUCUUGUUCACCUCUCUACUGAAUACAUGAAAGAGCUGAGGCGUCUGAGGGUGAAGUUGGUAAGUGCUGAGAACCUGUACCCUCCUAAUCAGGACCCCAAGACUAUCAGCUGCUACACAGUCAUGUCGUUGCAGCCAGGAAAAUUGCAGAAGCAAAGAAGCACUGUCAUUCGGAGAAGCAGGAACCCUAUCUUCAAUGAGGAUUUCUUCUUUGAAGGGGUGGAAAAGGGGGAACUGGACACACGCAGUCUAAGGCUGAAAGUAAUAAACCGUGGAUCGGGAAUGCGUCGUGAUAAUUUGCUGGGGCACAUCGAGCUACUAAUCUCCGCUAUCUUACCACCAUUAACCGAUUCCCGAUAGAAACUGGGUGAUGUGGGAUUUCAGAUUAUAUAGUAUCGUUAUUUAUUUACCUUUUUCAUACCAUGUCUGAGUGAAUUCUUCGGGGCGGGAGGGUUUGGGAAUGACUAGACUUGUUUAAGUUUAUAUAUUUUAUUAACUAGGUGUAGAUGUAAGGACCAAGUAGUGGAAACUAUCCCUAAAAUAGAGAUACAAAGUUUGCCAAAUUGUACAGUAACUGUAAACAGCACAUGAUUACUCACACAGGAUUAAAAUGUUUGACAUAAGAAUGACAUUGUUGCUGUUCAUAAGACUGUAACAGAAUACAGUCUCAUUCAUAAGAGCACAAUUUAUAAUUAUACGUGCCAGCAUUUUUAGUGGAGUAAUUAGGGGGUACAAGGUUAAGACAUGACUGUAUGCAGCACAGGACAUAAAGGAGCAGCUGCCCCUCUGAGUAUUACUUGUCUUUUUUAAAUGCUGCCUGAGUUCCCAUUUACUUGAGAGGUGUGGAUGGGGCAGAGG